CGAGGACUCGUUGCCGCGUGCCGGCGCCGCUUUGAACCGCGGGAGCGUCCAUCGUCAUCGUCGUCCUUCGCUACCGUCGCAGUGGUCGCCGUUCUUUCGGAAGCCAGAGAAAAUGGCAGCUACGUCAGAAGAAAGGCUGCCUUCCCCGAACGUGACCCUCGGCGCGGAGGCCCCGGGCUCGGCGCGACAGCCGACAGCGAGCCUGAGCGCAGAAUGGGCGGCCGGCCUUAGCGACUUCACGUCGAUGCCACCGGGUACGGCCGACAAGCCGACCGCCAGACUCGGAAAGGGAUCGUCGUCCAACCUCGAUGACGUCGAGACGAAAACCGGAACAACGGGCAAAUCGAGCGCGACGCUGAGCGCCGAGCAGCUGGCGGAUGUUGAGAAGAGCGAGGCGAUGCAAGAGGCCUUGGCCAUAGCCUGCAAGCUGAACGUGAGCCUCAGUGAGGAACAACUGGCCGACGUCGUGCAUGACGUUUCAAAGGAGGCGGCCCUUGCCGUGGUGGACACGCUGAACGUUAUGGACGGCGUUGGAAGCAGCGCGUCAACGAAGGAAGCCACGCUCGUUAGCGGUGAGCUGAACACGAAGGUAGCCGACGUCGCGAACGCCGGGUCCAAAACGCGAGCCUCUGAACCAGCGAGUGAGCUAAGCGCCGAGUCGAAGGCAGAGCCACGCCCGACUUUCGAGCUGAACGCAAAGCUGAGCGACGAUCGGGUGGCUGAAUUGAAGAAGGUCUUUGAAGGCUACGACGCCCAAGGAACCGGCAAAAUUCCUGUCUACGAGCUGGGAGCCGUGAUGCGCAGUCUGGGAUACAAACUCACGGACUCGAAGCUCCGGGAUUUCUUGGGACCCAUAAAGGGCACCAGCAUUACAUUCAGCGAAUUCAUCACCAUGAUGGCCAAGGACGUGCUGGCGGUGGAUGCCGAGGAAGAGUUCAAGCAGGUGUUCAAGGUGUUCGACCGCAAUGGUGACGGCUUCGUGAGCUGCGCAGAGCUUCGACACGCGAUGACCACGCUGGGCCAGAAGCUGUCCACGGAAGACGUGGACGAGAUGAUUCGAGUGGCGGACAAGGACGCCAAAGGGAAGCUGACCUUCGACGAGUUCGUUACCAUGGUAACAUCCAAGUGACUCCAAGGGCGGUGGCGGCGGUAGGAAUCAAAAUUCGGACGACUCCCUAGCCUUCAGUUGAACAAGAAUGUGAAGUUCGUGACAAAAAAAAAAUCAAGUGGCUGACCGAAAUAACUUAGGUUUAACUUGCGCUUUUCUUUCCCGUCCCUCCCUACGCUCUGGCCAUCGAAUAAAGAAACUUGUUCUAAGAGAAA